UGCGAUCAACGCUCGAAAACCCCGGCGCUGACGAUAACAAGCGACCAUGUUAUGCUGCCAGUGCGCAGAUCAUGUUAUGUGAUGUCCAGCCAAGUUAAGCAAUGCAAAGCCUUACACAAAACAGCGCAUCAGAACUUGAACUGAGAUAGAUGGAGGCGCGGUAUUUGUAUUUUACCAUUUUCUCCGGUGACCUGAACACAAUACUCUCGCGAUAACUCCUGCUGACGUCAAACCUACGUGAGAUUACGCUUACAUAACGAAGCCGGCUCUCUACUUCCUCCCAAUUUACAUGCGACCUGCGGCUCUAAAGACUCCCCAAAACAUCUCUGGAUAAUUUAUCUGUGGGUUGAUUCAAAGUGCAACACAAAUCCUAAAACAGUCAAGAUGUCUUCCUAUGACGAGAAUGAAUCCAAGUUCAUCCGAAAAGCAAAGGAGAAUCCAUUUGUCCCAAUUGGGAUGGCUGGGUUCUUUGCCAUUGUGGGGUACAGACUGAUGAAAAUGAAAAGUCGGGGAGACACAAAGAUGUCAGUUCACCUGAUCCACAUGCGUGUAGCCGCCCAAGGCUUCGUGGUGGGAGCCAUGACUGUUGGGGUCCUGUAUUCAAUGUACAGAGAUUAUAUUGUAAAGCCCAGAGAGGAACAGAAGGCGGUGGAAAACAAGUGAACAUGGACUUUGAAAUUUACGUCCCUUAAUAUUACCUCAUAUUAAGGUGUUUAGACAUUUAUUUUUACAGAUGUUUCAUAAUUUGUGUAUGCGCACAUCAGCAGCUGCCCGCUACUGUAAAUAGAGAUGUUAUUGAUUACAUAUGAUAUCCUCCGGGUACUGUACAAGAGGGGCGAGCUAUCGCUUCCGUAUUGAUGAGGAGGUCUCAGCUCUUUUAGCUCUGAUGAGACUCUGUGGGUAUGCUUUUGUAAGCCCAGUGGGUUUGACAACUUGAUUGACAGGUGGCAUCACUGAUAGUUUUGUUGGUGCCUAUUUGAACAGAGUGUGAGUGAAAAAUCAAAAACUAGAAAAUGUAGCAACAGUUUGACUCGGCUAAGCCUAUAUUUAAAAAUAA